UGUUACUAGGUGUGGUUUGUUCAACUUCUUUAUAAAAGCCAAGAGCUCAAGACUGCAGUCUUCUACUUCCCAGAUUGUAAACCAUCAGUCUCUGAAAAGAUCACAAGGCACUUCAUUCAAAAUGUCUUUUAUGCAACAAUUCCUUGCUCAGGCUAAUUUUCUAGAAGGUGGACCUGAACCAGUGGCUGCUGAAAAUUGUGGCCCAUCACUACAAGCAACAUCUGGAUUCAAUCCUGCAACAGAUGCUGCUAAUCUUGAUAAAGCAAUAAAAGCUAAAGGGGUAGAUGAAGGCACCAUCAUUGAUGUCCUGACUAAAAGAACCAACAGUGAACGCCAGCAAAUCAAAGCUGCUUAUCAACAACAGACAGGAAAGAGUUUAGAUGAUGCAUUGAAAAAAGCACUUUCAAGCAACUUGGAGGAAGUUGUUUUGGCAAUGAUGAAAACCCCAGCCCAGUAUGAUGCACAUUGCCUGAAGAAUGCAGUCAAGGGACUUGGAACAGACGAAAGUACCUUAAUUGAAAUUCUUGUAUCGCGGGACAAUCGUGAGAUCAGAGAAAUUAAUAAGGUUUACAAAGAAGAUUUUAAGAAAGAACUUGCUAAAGAUGUUGCUUCUGACACAUCUGGAGACUUCCAAAAGGCCCUUCUAGCACUCAUUAAGGGUGAACGCAACGAAAGUGCACCUGUGAAUGAUGAGCAGGCUGACAACGAUGCCAGGGCUCUUUAUGAAGCAGGAGAAAAGCGCAAAGGAACAGAUACAUCCGUUUUCAUAAAUAUUCUCAGCUCAAGGAGCUUUCCCCAGCUUCAGAAAGUUUUCACAAAGUAUUGCGUUUACAGCAAAAAUGAUAUGGCCAAGGCUAUAGAUCUUGAGCUGAAGGGAGACAUUGAAAGCACUCUGAUAUCCCUUGUAAAGGUUGCAUCGAGCAAACCGGCUUAUUUUGCUGAAAGAUUCUACUUGUCAAUGAAGGGAUCUGGAACCAGGCAUAAAGACUUAAUUAGGCUUCUGGUAUCUCGAAAUGAAAUUGACCUAAAAGAGAUCAAAUAUCACUAUAAGAAGCUGUAUGGAAAAUCCCUGCGCCAGGCUAUUAAGGAAGAAAAACUUAAAGGAGACUAUGAAACCAUUAUGAUGAGCCUUUGUGGUCCUGACUACUAGAAAGCAUUUGAUUUGUAAAAUAUGUAGAAGACUGGUUAGCUGGAAGUACUGCAUUUUAUAUUUACUAUGGGAAAAAGAUUUCAAUGACCAAAAAAUUGCAAGCCACUGUAAGCAUAAAUCGCAUAUGUAAUAAACUUG